AUGGAGGGUUCUACAGAGCAACAGUCUCGCUGGAUGUCCCUUCCAGCCUUGCUCCCUCCUGAAGCCAUGUUUAACUUUACUACAGAGAUCACCUCUCUAGACUCUGUCCAGUACCACAGGGCUACGGCCAGUCCAGACUCGCUCCAGCACCACAGGGCUACGGACAUUCCAGACUCGCUCCAGUAUCACUGGGCUAAGGCCAGUCCAGACUCGCUUCAGUAUCACUGGGCUACGGCCAGUCCAGACUCUCUCCAGUACCACAGGGCUACGGCCAUUCCAGACUCGCUCCAGUAUCACAGGGCAAAGGCCAGUCCAGACUCGCUCCAGUAUCACUGGGCUAAGGCCAGUACAGACUCUGCUAAGGCCAGUCCAGACUCUGCUAAGGCCAGUCCAGACUCUGUUCAAUACCACAAGGCUACGGCCAGUCCAGACUCGCUCCAGUAUCACUGGGCUAAGACCAGUCUAGACUCUGCUAAGGCCAGUCCAGACUCGCUCCAGUAUCACUGGGCUAAGGUCAGUCCAGACUCUGCUAAGGCCAGUCCAGACUCUGUUCAGUACCGCUGGGCUACUGCCAGUCCAGACUUUGCUAAGGCCAGUCCAGACUCGCUCCAGUAUCACUGGGCUAAGGCCAGUCCAAACUCUGCUAAGGCCAGUCCAGACUCUGUUCAGUUCCACUGGGCUAUGGCCAGUCCAGACUCGCUCCAGUAUCACUGGGCUAAGGCCAGUCCAGACUCUGUCCAGUACCACAGGGCUAGGGCCAGUCUAGCCACAGACUUCCUGCACCAGCCGUACCACUCAGCUGAGUCUGACUUGGCCAGCCUGCCUUCCUGCAUCUCCAGCAGCAGCCAUAGUCGGUCUGCACCAUCGUACGGACACAGCCCAGUUCACCAGGUGUACUCUUCAUCCUCCCACGUCAACGGUAGUGUCCAGUGGUUGGAGCAAGGGGGUUCUGGAGGUCAGUCUCUCAGCUGCUCCUCUUCCUCCUGGUACAACAGCCCUUUCUCCACCACCACCACCACCUCCUCCUUCUCCUCCACAAACUCAAUCUCGUCUCUGACCAACCCCAGGGCCGAGCACUACUCCCGAGGGCACGGCUGUCAGGAAAUCCAGAGGCUUCAGGAGGCCUUGAAGGGGGAGAGGCUGAGUCCCAGUGAGGACGGAGGUAGCAGUAGUUUCCUGACUCUGAACCCUGCACAAGGGGAUGGGUACCCGCACUCUGCCCAGGCCUACGGUCACCCCUUGGGCUUCUACAGCAACUCCUGGGUGUCAGGUCAGGACUACAGCCCCGCCUCUCUUUGCUCCUCCCCUGGUGCUGGCAUGUAUCCCUCCUACUGCUACUCCCCCAAACUACAAAACAAAAUCAACCUCUCCCCUCCAGAUGCCCGUGAGUGUGUGAACUGUGGUGGGACCGCCACCCCUCUGUGGCGUCGUGAUGGGACAGGACACUACCUCUGUAACGCCUGUGACCACAAGAUGAACAGCCAGAACAGACCUCUCACCAGACCCAAGAAGAGGCUGAUGGUCAGUAAGAGUGCAGGGACCCAUUGCUCCAACUGUCAGACUAGCACCACCACGCUGUGGAGACGUAAUGUCAGUGGAAAGACAGUCUGUAACGCAUGUGGACUCUACUACAAACUACACAACAUCAACAGACCUCUGACCAUGAAGAAGGAAGGUACUCAGACACGGAAACGUAAGGCCUCCAUUAUGAACAACAGGGCCAAGUAGAAGACAGGUGUGUUAGAGGCUGGGUCUCUACUCUGACCUCUCCCUGUCCAGACUCCAGUCUUCUGACAUGCCCGACCACACACACUGAGGACUACUACACACACUGAGGACUACUACACA